AUGUAUUGCACUGCACUUUCCAGGAGACCUAUAGGCUUGAAAUGGCGAUCUUCUUCCUGGAUGGUGACCUUCGUUAUUGGUUUAGGUGUCGCAGUUGAUCUCCUUGUUUACUCAAUGAUCAUACCGGUUAUACCCUUUCAUCUUGAACGCCUUGGCCAUUCCAGUAUCUCCUCCAUGACUGGGUGGUUGUUAUUUGCUUUUGCAACCACGAUUCCUAUCGCAAUGCUGUCGGAGCGCUACAAGGCCAGAAAAAUGCCCCUGAUAGCCGGUUUGUUCGUUCUUGUAGGAUCUCAAAUAAUGUUAAUGGAAGCACCGAAUUACGCUGUGAUGUGUAUCGCGCGUAUAUUGCAAGGAAUAGGGUCAUCGAUUGUCUGGGUUAUCGGGCUAGCUCUUUUAUGUGAUACUUCCCCCCCUUCAAUCGUUGGAUUGCAGUUGGGUAUUGCAAUGUGUGGCAUGUCUAUAGGAUUUUCUAUUGGCCCUCCCGUAGGUGGUUUACUUUAUGACCACUUCGGGUAUCGCGGACCUUUUAUCUUCGGAAUUUCUGCUACUGUGAUUGACCUCAUAGGUCGCCUCAUUAUUAUCGAGCGAAAAGAUGCCCUCGUCUGGGGUCUCGACCCCGCCGAAGCGCCAGAUAGUUUGUCCAAGACGGUUUCUUAUAACGAAAAUGUUUCGCAUGGCAUAGAAAAUUCGACUAUAGACCCUGCAGAUGUCCCAGAAUUCCUCAAAGGAGUCGCUGAAGACCAGCUAUCUAAAGAAACAACCACAGAGCAUCUUUCAUUACUGUCUGUGAUAGUCCAACUCUCAAAAUCACCGCGAGCGCUGGCUGCAUUAUUUGUCAUAUUUGUAUAUGGAGUAACCUAUAGCAUUCAAGAGCCAUCAAUUCCCCUACAUCUGCAAGACGUCUGGAACCUCAAUUCGAAAUCUGUCGGCCUUGUGAUGAUCGCCGCAGUGGUGCCUACUCUUUUUUCCUCACCGCUUGCAGGUUACUUCACCGAUAAAAGAGGUGCAGAGUGGGUAUCAAUUCUUUCGAUACUUUUGGCAUUGCCUUGGUGGGGGGUUAUUAUUAUCGAGCGAAGCCUAGCGCUUUUUAUUGUCUGUUUUGCUUUUCAAUCUUUUUUUACGUCAGGAGUUAUUGCGCCGUUGACGGCUGAACUCGCUGCUGUUUCCCGGACGCUAGAAGGCGUGGGCUAUGCCCAUGUUUAUGGGGCAUUCAAUCUUGUGUAUGGUGUUGGAACAUCGAUUGGGCCAAUAGUUGGAGGACAGAUAUAUGAUAAUGUCCGGAAGGGCUGGCUGGUACUGUGUGUCUUGGCUGCUGGUUUACUCUUGCUUUCACUUUGCCUUGUCACCUGCUUCACCGGGGUUAAUCCAGUUCUUCGCCGUCUCAACAAACGAACAAAUCAAGCUACCGACUUUUCAUAA